UCAACAUCUUUAACCAUUAGGGAAAUGUAAAUCAAAACUAUAUUGGAUCCCUCUACCCGGAACUUCCUGGACCCUGUGCGUGCAGAUGUCGUCACCUGGACCUUGAGCAGCAUCACGAGGAUAUCAAAGACAAUGGCCAAGAACAAAUUAAGAGGGCAGAAGUCCAGGAAUGUAUUUCACAUAGCCAGGCAAAAGAACUUUAAGUCCAAAAACAAAGCAAAACCAGUCACCACUAAUCUUAAAAAGAUAAACAUUGUAAAUGAUGAAAAAACUCAUAGAGUGAAUAAUGCUUUUGUAAACAUUCAGAAGGAACUUGCAAAUUUCUCAAAAAGGCUUCCUCUUGAACCACUGGAGAAAGAGCUGAAUCAGCAGCAUCAUGAAGAUGAACCAGUUAAUGUUGAUGAAGCUGCAAGAUUAAUGGUUCAAUUGUAAUACAAUGGAGAUGUAUCGAAUU